ACACACAGCAGAAGUUCUGUUUUCCAGGUACCAAGGGUCAUAAUCCCAAACUCCAAACGCCAGCAGCUCCCGAGAUCAAGGGGAAAGCAGAAGCAGAGUGAGAGUUUGGGGAGAGGAAUCCCAUACCAGAUUCUGUGGCCUGCAGGUGACAUGCUGCCUAAGAGGAGCAGGGCCUAUGACAGCCACCCCAACAUCUGAAGCCAUGGCCAGUGAGGAAGAUGAGCCUAGGAACUGCGUGGUAUGCGGGGACCGAGCUACAGGCUAUCACUUCCAUGCCCUGACUUGUGAGGGCUGCAAGGGUUUCUUCAGACGAACAGUCAACAAAAAAACUGGUCUCACCUGCCCCUUUGCUGGAAGCUGUAACGUCAGCAAGGCCCAGAGGCGCCACUGCCCAGCCUGCAGGUUGCAGAAGUGCCUAAAUGCUGGCAUGAAGAAGGACAUGAUCCUGUCGUCAGAAGCCCUGGCAUUGCGGCGAGCAAAGCAGGCCCAGCGACGGGCACAGCAAGCACCUACGCAGCUGAGUAAGGAGCAGAAAGAGCUAGUCCAGAUACUCCUGGGGGCCCACAACCGCCACCUGGGCACCAUGUUUGAGCAGUUUGUACAGUUCAGGCCUCCAGCUCAUCUGUUCAUCCAUCACCAAGGCUUGCCCACCCUGGUCCCUGUACUGCCUCUGCUCACGCACUUUGCAGACAUCAACACUUUCAUGGUACAGCAAGUCAUCAAGUUCACCAAGGAUCUACCCCUCUUCCGGUCCUUGCCCAUGGAGGACCAGAUCUCCCUUCUCAAGGGAGCAGCUCUAGAAAUCUGUCAGAUCGCACUCAAUACCACUUUCUGUCUCCAAACCCAAAACUUUCUCUGUGGACCUCUUCGCUACACAAUAGAAGAUGGAGCCCGUGUAUCUCCCACAGUGGGGUUCCAGGAAGAAUUUUUAGAGUUGUUCUUUCGCUUCCAUGGGACACUGCGGCGGCUGCAGCUCCAGGUGCCCGAGUAUGUGCUCAUGGCUGCCACGGCCCUCUUCUCUCCUGACCGGCCUGGGAUUACCAGGAGGGAAGAGAUUGAUCAGGUCCAAGAGGAGAUGGCACUGACUCUGCACAGCUACAUCAAAGGCCAGCAGCCAAGGCCCCGGGAUCGGUUUCUGUAUGCGAAGCUGCUGGGCCUGUUGGCUGAGCUCCGGAGCCUUAACAAUGCAUACGGGUACCAAAUCCAGCACAUCCGGGGACUGUCCGCCAUGAUGCCACUGCUCCAGGAAAUCUGCAGCUGAAGCCGUAG